CAUCCCCAAAUCUCCUCUUAUAAAUCCACUACACAAAAUCCAUAUCUAAAAAACUCACAACGCAAACAAUCUCUUCACAUAUCAAUGGCUAUUUCGACUACAUCUGCAUCUUCCUUCUUUACUUCCCCUAAUUUCUCCCUCAAUUUAAACUCAUCGUCAAAAUCGAGUUCAAACUCCGUCAACUUCCGAAGAGCUCCGAUUUCAGCUGCUUACGCCACCGCUGAGAAAACGGAGACUAUCAGAUCAUUACGUAAUAGCCCUCCUUCCUCAUUGUAUGAAGUGCUCGGAGUUCGAAUCGGGGCUGAUACACAGGAGGUGAAAGCGGCGUAUCGGAGAUUAGCGAGAGUUUUGCAUCCUGAUGUCGGAAGGAGUGAUUCGUCGGCUGAUGAGUUCAUGAAAGUGCAUUCAGCUUAUGCUACGCUGACAGAUCCGGCGAAACGAGCGGAUUACGAUCGAACUCUGGUGCAGAGACGCGCGGGUGUUUCGUCUCCGGUGAGUUUUUCCGGUGGAUACAGGAGUCGAAGAUGGGAGACGGACCAGUGUUGGUAGAAAUUGCUCUCCCUUGAAAUUCGAUCGACGUUUUAGAGAUCUUGAGCUUGUAAAUAUGGAAUCUUUCAAUACUUUGGCUAGAUUUUAAGCCAUAUCCCAUAGCAUUGAAAUAUUUGAUCUUAGGGUUUUUGUUUAUGAUUUUGUUAAUUUUGUAGAUAAAUUAUUAUUUUUAAGUCAAACACGACAUUAGGUAUUGUUAAUCCAA